ACAUACCAGGGGUGGACUGACAACUCACGGGGCCCCUGGGCAAUAGGGGAUCAUGGGGCCCCUGUGUCCUUGCCCAAACUCAAAAAAGCCUAUGAAAAAGGUACCAGGGGCAUCUCAUGGGCCCCCCUACUGACCCUGGGCCCUCAGGCAGUGACCGAGUUUCCAAAUGGUCAGUCCUCCCCUGCUACAUACUUCACUGGGUGAAUUACCCAGAAAUAUUAAAAACAACCUCUUCCUGCAUGCUGCACUCAUUAUUUGGCAGAUGAUGGACAAGAUUCUACAAAGUUAUUUUAUUUUAUUU